AUUGAACAGAUCACAAGGUCAGUGACUUGGCGGCUUCUAGAAUGGCAGGCAAGUUGACCAAGGUGAUUAAUUUGGCUACAAAGACCUCUGCUAUUGUUAUACAGGAAGUGACACCCAGAUUGACUAAGUUUAGAGAAUAUGCAGCAGUGGAACUUAGGCCACCAACGAAAGCAGAUUUCAAACCUGCAAUGGAACAAGCGAUGAAGCUGGUGGAUGCAUACAAAAGUGGUGCUUGGAAGAAUGUUUCCGUCAAGGAAGGUCUCGUUAAUGCUGUAGUAACAGCAGAAGUACUAUGCUGGUUUUUCAUAGGGGAAGUGAUUGGACGAAGGAGCGUUCUAGGGUACAGCCGAGUUCCAGGUGCCUAUAUCGAACAUCACUGAUCCACUUCUUGUCUGAAGUGUGCACAUUGUGUAGAAUCAUUUAGAAAAUACGAGUUACUAAAUAAAAGGCAUGUUAUC